AUGAGGUACAGUUCCAAAAUCUGAGUAUAAAAUAAGGACAGUUGAGCGGUAUGAAGUAUUUAAAUCUAAAAUGUAUUAAAUGUGAAGUUCGUGCCCAUAAAACCGGCUGAGUCUGAGGGCCCAAGUCAUAGGCCACGUUGAAGUCUGACGGCCAAAUUCACAGUCCUACACCCAUUGACAGCUGAGAGGGGUACUACUGUCCUGGGAUGUUUUUUGUCACUGCCAAGUACUCCAGAGCACCAAUGCGCACGUGACUGAUACUUUUCUCGUUUCCCAGAAGCGUGUCUCGCGCCAGCCUCGGCUGAGCUCUUGCAAGUCUUGCAGUGUUAUGAGGUGGAGCUGUGCAGCUAGGCGGUUCAGACCGUCGUUAUUUCUUCUAUUUAUCUUGCAUUUCCUUUUCAUUGUCUGAUUCUUGUAUUGCCUUUUGGGUGGAAAAGAAUGUAGAAGAGUGUUCUGUGCCUGCUUUUCCUGGUGUAACCUGGCAUACAAGGCUGACGGGCGAUCACCAUACUGUUGAGGCUGUUGAUACUGAGUCAGACGGUAGGGCUGACGCAUUUUGGUACCGUUUAAGGAGCUCAUGUUUAAGUUUGCAGUUGCCAUAUGGUAUGGCUGAGAUAAUUAUUUCACAUCGUCUUGGACUUCUCUGCAUUUUGCAUCUUAGUGUGGUGGUGUUUGCACGACCAUCUACGGAGAGUCUACCAUACCCAGCAGAAAACGGUCAAUGCAGAAACAAAGAAACAGAAUAUUACAACUCAGAAAUUAAAAAAUGUUGCCAGCGCUGCCCACCAGGUCAGUCUGCAAAGGCCAGAUGCAGUGCAGAGAAAAACACAGUCUGCCAAGAAUGUGCCGAUGGAACUUUCACAGCCAUUUACAACUACAUUUCAAAUUGUCAUGUCUGUCGGACCUGUAAUGAAGAUUUUGGAUUGUUGGAAAUAACACCUUGUUCAAAAGAACACAACACUGAGUGUGUCUGUACGAAAGGAUCCUACUGUGAAAAUGCUGAGUGCCGACACUGUAAUGAGCACACACCCUGCGAUGCUGGAAUGGAGGUGGUGUUUCCAGGAACUAACACAAGUGACACACGGUGUGACUCGUGUGCCGAGGGAUUUUACAACAAUGAAUCAUCAUUAACUGCAAAGUGCCUUCCACAUUCUCGAUUAUGUGGCAUUAUUUGCUUUCCUGGGUUGUUUCUUUGCUGCCGUGAUCAUAUGUCUUGUGUCCCUGUUCAUUUAUAAGAAAAUAGACUCUGUCCGUGGAUUUUUCAACUUUGGGAAAGCAGAUAACCUGCAGAUGACAUUGGCUGAGAACAUCAAGGACAAUAUGCAGGUGGGCUAUAGACACCUGACAACUCCAACAGACUCUUCUAGCAACAGUGAGCGUACACCAUUGUACAUUAAUGGUCAUGUGAAAGAGGAAAGCCAGCAUGUGGGCAGUACCAUCAGUCCCGUGUCCAACGUUUCCAGCAUUCGCUUCCCCAGAGGGCAAGAGCAGUCACCAGGUUCCUUUAUAACAAAUGGUGGAAUUGUGAAAAUUGAUGGCGAUGUUAUUAUCGUUAACAAUAAUGUAUCAUUUCCUGAAAGACCUGUGGCUGUCAGGACUCAUGAGGAUGAGGAAGAUGAUGAUGAUAGCAUAUCUCAUUCAAGACCUCAGGAAGAUCUUCAGACCCCUGUCCAGGAAGAACACGAAGACCCCAGAGAGGACACGUAUGUUUGUGUACCACAGCAAGAAUGUGGAAAAGAGUACCGUGUCCCAGUUCAGGAAAUGUUUACUCAUACAUGACUCUGAACUGUGUUUCAGCAUGAGUCACAUGGGAAGCACAGCUGCUUCCAUGAAUCUGAACGGUAUACAGACAGCUGGAUUCUGCACACUGUUAGUGUAUCGCACAUCCCAGAACAUCCCAUGUGUAUCCGCCAUCCCUAGGCACCGUGCCAUUCUCUGCAUUAUUACCAGCACUUAAUUUAUGUAAUUUUUCGCUCAACCCCAUAAUUUUGUGUGAUCUUAUUUUCCAGUUAUAUGGACUUCAUAGUAUUAGGAAGGAAAGAAGAAAAGUUUGGUUUGUAUUUGUGUACAAAUUUUCUUAAGUUAGGUACAGAACCUGGUAUAAGUCUUCCACUUGGACUGCAAAGCCUGUGACUAGAACUGAGUACCUUUGAUUAUUGCCAAGAUGCUAAUCUCUUACUGUUUUGGUUGUGCGUAAUGUCAAGUAUUCUGGGAUAACUGAAUCACCUUCCUUUGAAAUUUGACCAGUAGAAGAGACUAUGAUAAAACUACAGACUUUGCUGGUCUAGCAUGACAUAAUCAACACUAUAUUGCAUAAAAACAUUGUGAAAGAAGUGCAGAGUUCUGUGGUUCUUAGUGUAUGCUGAACCCCUACAGUGUAGAACUCACUGAGGCACAUACAAAUUCAGAGAAAGACAGAGUCACCCACUUACAGUGUACAGCAUAGUAGGAGAACUACAGAGACUACCAGUGAUGAAAUACGAUGAGUAUUUUACAGUGUUUUCUAGUGACUGGUUCUAAACCUUCGGCUGCUACAGUUUGCUUCUAUUAGUGGCCUGGAAUUACCAGAUUGUGGUUUGAAAUCAUUGAUGGAUAUUGCUUAGUGGACAGACUUUCUCAGUGAAACAAACAGUUUGAGGUAUGGUGGACUACAGCAGGUAAUAGAGGUGACUGGGCAAAGUCUUAAACUCAAGAAAGAAAAAUGGUGCUAAAUAUGAGAGAAAAAGACAGCAACAGAAUCAGAUGUCUGUGUAUGUCUGUAGGUGGCUAGAACUGGGGGGAGAGCCUGUUGAACUGUAGCACUGAAUGUUACUGCUAGGGUGUAUUAAACAGGAUGAUUACUUAGUUAUCUUAAGGAUCUUUGUGGACUCAUUAAUCCAAAUAUAUCCCUUUGCAAGGUAUUCUCAGAACUGCAUGUUGCAAGUCUGUAGCUGAACAUAAGCUUCAAUUUAUUUUUGUCAGUGAUCGGUGUCAUUUAAAAAAAAAAGUGUUAGAAAAAUGAUAAAAUGAAAAAUGUAGAUAUGUACAGACAUUUUAAUUUAUUUAGUAGUAUAUUACACUAGAUAUGGUAACUACGUAUUGUUGAGCAAGAUUGUAGCAGGCUAAAAAAAGUCUGAGCAAAUGAUAUUUUAAAGUAAGGAUGUGGCCAUUUUAAAAUUAAAUGCAUAUGAAAAAACUAUGUACGCAUUUGUUUCUGCAUUCAGGUGAAACAUCGAAUACAGUACAUUGGAUUAGCCAUUAACUUUCUGCUGUUGUUCUACUGUUUGCACCUUACUUUGGUUAGCUCAGGUAAAUUACUGGGAAUUUAAAUGAUAAAAUAGUACAUGAUUACACACACACACAUACAUUCUGACUGAUUAUAAUACUUAUUUGGUUAUAAUGCUUAUUUGGUUUCUAGCAACUUUCAUUUUUCUACCAUGUACCUACUAAACGUCUACUACAGAAUUUUUUCUCUUCCAUUAAAUUGUCUCUCCUUUCUUUUUUUAAUAGAGUAAUUUCCUAAUAUCGAUCCACUGUUCUUCCUGUUCCUGCAUAUUCUUUGCUCACAGCAUGUACUUGUCCGUCUUUUUUCUAUUGCUGGUCCUACUGCUACCUUCAUUGUUUGCAAGCUGAAUGCACUUUUCAAACCUAAAUGUACAAUCGAUUAUUAAGGUAAUGUGUUACUAAAGUGUGCAAACAAAAAAAUGUAACCUA